UAGUGUUUUUAGUGAAUGUCACUUUUUGUCAUUUUUUUAAAUUUCCCGCCAGUUCCGUCCCCCGUACAUCCCGACGCUCGCAGAGGAUGGAACCCAGAUGACAGAUGCCGGCAUCCGCCGGAUUACAUUGCAGGGGACACUGCAGGAGGGACAUCGCGGGAGCUCAGGACAAGGUAAGUGAAGAACAGAUCCCCGAGCAGCGCCGCAUGGUAAGCCCGAGUGUAGCUCGGGGUUACCGCUUUUGGUACUGAAACUUUACCCCGAGCUACACUCGGGAAUACCGUCAGGGAGGUUAAACUAAUUUAAUGCAGAUACUAACUGAUAAUGAUGAGUUAGGAUCUAAACAAUGAAGCUAAAUGAUGACAUUUCAUUUUAUUAAAAGC